AUGCGCAUUGACGAUCCGUGCGCGGACUCCGGUAGGAGCGUGCGAGGGUUGCGCAUGGAUCCCGCGAAGCCGCCGAAGAUGUCGAGCCUGGCGUCCGCCAGCUGCGAGCCCCCGGGCCCCGAGCCGCAGGAGAAGAAGCCGCUGAAGCCCUGUUGCGCCUGCCCCGAGACCAAGAAGGCGCGAGAUGCCUGCAUCAUUGAGAAGGGGGAGGAGCACUGCGGGCCCCUUAUUGAGGCUCACAAGGAGUGCAUGAGAGCCUUGGGGUUUAAAGUAUGAGCGAGAUGAGCAGCAGGGCUGUAUGGAUGGUGAUUUGCUGUUGGGUGACUGGUUUCUCGGGUGGCUGAACAAUAUUAAGUUAUUUCUGCAAGCUACUUCAAAGAACAAACUUAUGAGAAAUCUAUUUAUAAAGAAUUUCUAAUAAAAACCAUAUGUAUAUUGCCUCUGUGGCACCUCCAUUAUCUGAUCUUGACUGGCUGAUAGAGAUAUAUUUUCCUCUUAAUAAAGGAUUUAAAAAUGCUCA